AUGCGGAAGGGACAUCUUUCUAUUCAAGCAGGAAUAAAGAGAAAAAGACCAGAUGGCAACUGCCAAGGCGUUUCUCUCCAGUGGCCUUCUUCGGGUCGCCAAGCCUUUCAAAAACAUUGUGCUGGCCUUGUCUGCAAGCCCUGUCAGGUGUCUUUCUCUACUUUGUUUCAUCUCAAGAAUCAUUGUGAGGGUCAAACACACAAAGGCAAAUUACUUCAGUUGAAGAAAAUAGGAACACCUUUAAGCAACCCACUCUGUUGUGAACUAUGUAAUGCUUUUUGUUCAAGUGGACCAACAUUGGAACAGCAUCUUAAGGGGACAAAACAUGCUUCUUGCCUCCAAGAGAUUGAGAAUGCGAAACAGACUAAAGCACAGGCUUUGGCUGCAAAUAGUAGAUAACAAGCACUCAAAUGGGAGAUUUGAUUUUGAACUUAGGUCAGAGAAUUCAGCUGGCUAAGCUUUGACAUUGUCUUCAUAAUUCUGUUAGCAAGUACUUUCUUCCUCUGAUCUUUUAUUUAUCAGGAAACCGAUAUUACUUGGAUUAAUUUGUGUAUUAACCUUGUCUGGAAUCUCAAAUGUAUAUAUGACUGGAUCAAAGUAGGACUUUAGAAAUAAGCUUGUAAUUUUGGAAAGAAU